UCAGCUAAAUUAUUGAUAUAAAAACGGUCAUGGUUGGAGAAGAAGAUGUGCUUUUCCAGCUUGACCUGGAGCUACUCCUGGACGAUGAACCAAAGAUCAGCAGCCCGCACAAAGCAAGAUUUCAGAUGCACCGAUGGCUCAAGUUUAUGCCCCACAUACGGUUCCAGAACACCGAAUUUCCGAGGAAGGAUAGUCUUAAAAACCAGGUUUCGGCAGUUUUAAUGAACAACUCAGCUGCUGAUGUGUCAGUUAUGGUUGGCGGUAGGAGGUACAAGAGCUAUCUGAUGGCUUUGAAAUCGUAUUGCCGUCUGUUCCACGGCGAGGAGUACCAGACCGGAGAUACUUUGAUGCUGUGUGACGGGUCGAUAACACCCGAAUCCUUCGAGAUCGCCUAUUCGUGGAUGACCCAGCACCAGGUAUACUUCUAUGGCGAGCAGAUUCUGGAUCUCUUGGUGGCCGCAAAGGCUCUUAUUUGCCCGGAACUGACUCGCGCCAUCUACGAUUGCCUGAACAACCAUAACAACUUUUCCGAGCUGGAGGCUUUCGAUUGUUACGGACGGGCCAUGGAAAAAGGAAUGACUGAGGUAGCCAUGCUGAUGCUAGGUCGGGUCGGCAAGUGCUUUCUGGUCCUGGUGGGCACAUCCCAAUUCAGCCAGCUGAGUGUGGAGCACUGCAGCAUCGUGCUUGGCUCAAGCCAUCUUGCUGUACAAUCGGAAAUAGAGACUCUCUAUGCAGCUCUGGGAUGGAUAUACAAAGAUUAUGAGGGACGCAAGAAGGAUAUCGGUCUUGUUCUAGACAGCGUUAAGUUUAGUUGGCUGCCGCCCCUAUUUCUACUUUGUUUGGCGGAUUACCUGCCGGACUUGCAGCCGGAAGUGGCGGAUCAACUGUGCGGCUUCAUCGAUGCCGGGAUGGCUAUGCAACAGUGCGAAGCCCUCACUCCGUUCAUGCGGCACGGGGAGAGCGAGGGAAGUCGUAACUGGAUCGUGGACCCAAAGUGUCCCUACAAACACCAUUUGCAUCAUGGCUUUCCCGAUAAAGUAAGCAUGGAAGCAUUCAUCGAUUAUAUAAAAUCGAUUCAGGCCAAUCCCAACAAGUUCCGUGCCCGCUUGGAGGACGGCCCCAAGCCAUCGUGGCGUAGUUCUGAGCCAUCGCAGGAAAGCAUCGAUGUAGGAACGGAAAGCCAGGAUAUGACAUCUGUCCGACAUAAGGUUGAAGAAAAGCUAUCUGCAAUUCUAAAGAAAUCUUGGGAGGACCAAUCCGAACCGAAACUAUCAAACACCAGUCUUUCUCAGUUCAUGCCGACAGAGUUCUCGUCAUUGGAGGAAUUGGAGUACCGCUCCUGGUCGAAAAUCGUUAAAAAACGGGAAGAGGAUAAUCUUUAUGGGUAUAAUCGUCCCGAACGAUUCAAGGCGAUGCCUUCCCGAAAACGGCCCAGAUCUUAG